AUGGACAAGAUCCUGUUGUCUGACGACAAUCUCAGAAAACCGUCUAAGCCAGCAUACUACGGAACAGCUGGAUACCGGUCGAAAGAUUCUGACCAGAACAACAUAAUGUGCAGGGCAUCGCUUAUAGCAUAUCUGCGAUCGACCACGCUUGCAGGAAAAGUGAUUGGAGUGAUGAUAACAGCAAGUCAUAAUCCUGUGGAACACAAUGGAAUCAAGAUAAUUGAUCACACAGGAAACAUGCUUGAUGAGAAGUGGGAGCAGCAUAGCGAUGUGUUGGUGAAUUGUGAAGACAAGGAUCUUCCAAGGGUGAUGAGAAAGAUUUUGAUGAGUUUCAGCAAUCAGACGGAGUUAGGGGAAGGUGUAAGAGGGCAUGUGGUGCUUGGAAGAGACACUCGAGAAAGUGGAGUAAGCAUCUGUAAGAAUAUUGCAUCGGUUUUAGGCAAGCUGAAUUGUACGGUUGAUGACUAUGGUGUUGUUACUACACCUGAACUUCACUUUUUGGUAAGAAGAAGUAAUUUGGAGGACAAAAUUGUUGAGAAAGAGGAAUACACAGCGAGCCUGGUGAACAACUUCAGGAAACUUGUAUCUAAUACGGGGCUUAACUUCAAGAUGGCGGUGGAUACUGCAAAUGGUGUUGCAGGAAUAGAGCUUGAUGAGCUAAAGAAGAGUCUUGGAGGAGAUUUGAGAUGCAGAGUGCUUAAUGAUGCGAAUGGGAUACUAAAUCUUGAUUGCGGAGCAGAUUUUGUGAAGACAAAGAAUAGGGCGCCGAAGCUUGAAGUGCUGGAGUCUGCAGGAUUCAGUGUAUCUACGGAUGAGAUCUGUGCUUCGUUUGAUGGAGAUGCAGACAGGUUAAUGUUUUUUACAGGACCGACAAGAACAAGGAUAUUUGAUGGAGAUUUCCAAGCGGUGUUUCUGGCGUUUUUUAUCAAGCAGCAUCUUGAUGCGAUUGAUUCGAAAAUGAGUAUGGGUGUGGUGCUAUCUCACUACUCGAAUGAUGCAGCGAUUGGCUUAUUGCGCUCCAAUUCAUUCGAUGUGGUGCUGGCACAGACAGGAGUAAAGAAUUUUGUUAAUGCAGCAAGAGCAUUUGAUGUAGGGGUGUACUUUGAACCUAAUGGGCAUGGAAGCGUGUAUUUUUCACAGGCGUUUUUUGAUGAGAUUGCAGAAGGAACCAGCAAGCACCAUGAGAUUUUAAAAGCGGUAUCUGGUUUGUUUGAUCCAUGUGUUGGAGAUGCAGUUGCAAACUUCUUGGUUUUCAAGGGAAUAAUGGCAUCUGCGAAUGACUUGAGUAAGUUUAAAGAGAAUCCGAGCAGACUGCACACAGUUGUAAUCAAGGAUAAGAACAGUAUCAAAGUUAAUUUGAACAAUCGAGUUCUUGAGCCUAAAGGAUUGCAGGAAAUGAUUGAUGCAGAGAUGGCGAAUUUCAAGGGCAGAUCGUUUGUAAGGCCCUCAGGCACCGAGAAUGUGGUAAGGAUAUAUGCAGAGUGCUCAGACAGUGAUAACACGGAUCUUUUAUGCUUGAAUGUGGCAACGCAUGUCUACACGAUGUGUGAAGGAGUGGGAAACCUUCCUGAGAUUGAUUACACAAAAUGA